UCUUUCACUGCCAAAUUCAAAUUGUCUGAAAUCUCUGAAAUGGGGUUCUCCCAGUUUGUAGAAAGAGCCGCUCUUCUUCUUCUUCUUGUUCACUUGAGCUUUACUGACUUGUGUUUAUGUGCGAGAAAGCUAAAUUCUCUUUAUCAACCGCCACCCCUGUCUCUAACUUACCAUAAUGGGGCUUUGCUUGAAGGAGACCUCCCGGUUUCCGUUCUCUGGUACGGAGAAUUUUCACCGGCGCAGAAAUCCGUCGUCUCGGACUUCCUUCUCUCUCUCAACCCACAAAAAGAACAAAAGCCCUCUGUUUCUCAGUGGUGGAAUACCAUCCAAAUUUACAUGAAAAAAGCUGGAAUGAAAGAAACCCGCGUUGUCUUGUCGAAACAAAUCUCAGACGAGAACUGCUCCAUUGGCAAGAUUUUAAAGAAACCCCGGAUUUCCGAGUUGGCUGCUCGGGUCAACUCGAAACCCGGUGGGUUGACCCUCGUUCUGACAGCCAAAGACGUUGCGGUUGAAGGCUUUUGCAUGAGUAGCUGUGGGUUUCACGGGUCGGAUACGAAGCUCAAAUCGGCUUUCAUCUGGGUUGGCAACUCGGUGACUCAGUGCCCGGGUCAGUGCGCGUGGCCAUUCCACCAACCCAUCUACGGACCACAGACCGCACCCCUGGGCACACCCAACGGGGACGUGGGGUUGGAUGGCAUGAUCGUAAAUAUCGCGAGUCUUUUAGCCGGAACCGUGACGAACCCCUUCGGGAACGGCUAUUUCCUGGGCUCGGCUGGCGCGCCGCCUCUCGAGGCCGCUUCGGCUUGUCCGGGGGUGUACGGUAAGGGGGCGUAUCCGGGUUACGCCGGAGAGCUGUUGGUGGAUUCGGUCAGUGGCGCGAGCUAUAAUGCUCACGGCGCGAGCGGAAGGAAGUAUUUGUUGCCCGCGGUGUUUGACCCUUCAACUUCUCAGUGUUCAACGGUUGUGUGA